GAGUAAUAAAAAUUCGUCAUAUAUUUUUAUAUCUUUAGAUAAUUUUUUUUUUUUUGCUGAAAACCAGCGUAAAAAAUGAGUCGUGAUAUUUAUGAGAUAAAAAUAUAUGACAUAUAGAUAUAUAUAUUAGAGGUAUCGAUAUAUCGAACUGUCGAGUAACCGAUUGUUUACUACGUUCAUUUUGUUUUAAUUUCCAGUAAUGGAAUUUUUUUGGUUGAGAAAUUUUUAAAUUUGAAUUUAAAAUUUUUCCCGCGGAUUUUUAAAUUUUAUUAAAAAUGAUUAAAAAUUUGUUUUUUAAAAUAUUAAGUACUGUGGGGACUGUUAUUAAUUACUCAUGUGUUACACACUGCGCACUUAAAUAUGUUGGAGAUUUUACUGUGUGCAACGGCCCAUCAAUGGAGCCAACGAUCCACACAAAUGAUAUAUUAUUUACUGAACAUAUAUCCCCACGUUGUGAUAAAUUAUCGAAGGGAGAUAUAAUAAUCGCCAAAUGUCCAACAAAUCCACGUGAAAAUAUUUGCAAGCGUAUUCGUGGAGUCGAAGGUGACAAAAUUUACUACGGAUUCACUUCUUAUGUCGUACCACAAGGGCAUUUAUGGCUAGAAGGUGAUAAUUCUAGUAAUUCAUCAGAUUCACGCUCUUACGGACCAAUACCCAAAGGAUUAGUAAUAAGUCGUGCUGUUUGUAAAGUCUGGCCAUUUAGUGAUAUUACUUUUUUUAAUAAAUAA